GCCCCUGCUCCAGGUUUGGCGCCGGACCUGGGACACAAGGUCCGAAGGACGUGCUGCUCUGUGGGUUCCUGGACCCCUGAGGUGGGACAUUGUCGUGUCAGCUCCAUGGCCGACAGAGAGACUUUCCUCCGAGAGCUGGACAGAGGGUUUCUUGCCCCCCGCAUCCUGGACCCCAAUGGCCGCUGAUGGGAAGAGAGUGGAAUCAUAACUGCUGGAUCUGUGUUCCUUCCUUGCUGUUCAACACCAAGUGUGGGGGUGAGGAGAGGACUCACUGGCCCAGAAGAGGUUUCUCCUAUGUUAAAUCUCCCUUCUUCUUAAAUUCAGCAUCUACGGGCACUGGACACUUACUGCUCAGACUGUCUGAAAGUGAAAAACCAGAGGAAGAUUGUUGAUGGCAGAACAUUGAAAAUGCAAACAAUGGAAUCGGUGACCUUCAAUGAUGUAGCUAUAGACUUUGAUGCAGAAGAGUGGGCCUUGAUGGACACAACACAGAGAAACCUGUUCAGACAUGUUAUACUGGAGAGUAUCAGUCAUCUGGUGUCUGUGGCAUUGGAUGCUUAUUGCUCAGACUGCCUGAGAGUGAAAAACCAGAGGAAGAUUGUUGAUGGCAGAACUCUGACAAUGGAAGCAAUGGAAUCAGUGACCUUCAAUGAUGUAGCUAUAGACUUUGAUGCUGAAGAGUGGGCCUUGAUGGACACAAGACAGAGACACCUGUUCAGACAUGUUAUGCUGGAGAGUAUCCAUCAUCUGGUGUCAGUGGACAGACAAAAUGACCAUAGAAAAGAAGAAAUGAUAACUAUGCCAGGUAUCUGCAAUAAGGACAAAUAUACCACCCAGGCAAAGCAGCAGAUUUCUAACAUUGGAGAGGAUCCCUUUGGAAUUAUUGAUUUGGGAGAGGAGUUCAUUCACUCAAGAUUGGAUGACAUGGAAACAAAGACCUAUCUAAAUGAACAAUAUCCAAAAACUAUCAAUUUCCAGUCAUUCUUUAGUACACAUAAGCAAAUUCAGACAGGAAAUAAUUCAUAUGACUGUCGUCUAUGUGGAAAAGCCUUCAGAAAUAUUUCUGUCCUUAGACAGCAUGAGAGAACUUGCACUGGAGAAAAACGAUAUGUCUGCCAUCUGUGUGGGAAAUCCUUCACUAGAUGUUGUAACCUUAAGGAACAUGAGAGGAAUCACACUGGGGAGAAAGCAAGUGUCUGCCAUCAAUGUGGGAAAAUCGUUACUGAUAGUUCUAAGCUCAGAAUACAUGUGAGAACUCACAAUGUGGAGAAACCAUACAUUUGCCAUCUAUGUGGGAAAUCCUAUAAGUAUCGUGUUGAUCUUAGACAACAUGAGAAAUCUCACACAGGGGAGAAACCAUAUGUCUGCCAUCUAUGUGGGAAAGACUUUGCUUGUAAAACUGCCCUCAAACCACAUGUGAGAACUCACACUGGGGAGAAACCAUAUAUCUGCCAUCUAUGUGGGAAAUCCUUCAAUCACUGGAGUAACCUUAGGGAUCAUAAGAGAACUCACACUGGGGAGAAACCAUAUGUCUGCAACACAUGUGGGAAAUCCUUCAGUUAUUUUGCUAGCUUUAGUAACCAUAAGAGAACUCACACUGGGGAGACACCAUAUGCCUGCCAUCUAUGUGGGAAAUCCUUCAGUCAACGUGGGCACCUUAGGGGACAUGAGAGGGGGACAUGAGAGAAUGCACACUGGGGAGAAACCAUAUGUUUGCCAUGUAUGUAGGAAAUGCUUCACUUAUCGUUCUGCUCUCAGAGAACAUGUGAGAAUUCACACUGGGGAGAAACCAUACAUCUGCCAUCUAUGUGGGAAAUCAUUCAGACAUUUUGGUAGCCUUAGGAAUCAUGAGAGAACUCACACUGGUGAGAAACCAUACAUCUGCAAUGUAUGUGGGAAAUCUUUCAGUCACUUUGGUAGCCAUAGGAAACAUGAGAGAACUCACACUGUGGAGAUUCCAUACAUCUGCAAUGUAUGUGGGAAAUCCUUCAGUAAAAGUAGUCGACUUAGGCAACAUGGGAGAACUCACACUAGGGAGAAACCAAAUGUCUGCCAUUAAUGAGGUAAUCCUUCAGUCAAUGUGGUUCCUUUAGGCAAUUUGGGAGAACUCACACUGGGAAGAAACCAUAUGUUGAUUUUUUAUGCGGGGAAGUCUUCACUGAUAGAGUGACCCUCAGACAACACAAGAUAAUUAACACUGGGGAGAUAACAUGUCUGCCCUCUAUCUGGGAAAAAUUUUAGACAUAAUUCUACCAUAAGGAACAUCAUAGAUCUCAUUAACUAUGUUGUGCAUAUGGAAGAGCUUUCAAACAGAGCUACCAACUUUAAAAAGUGGAAAACAAAACAAAAAAAAAACACAGGAGUAGAAAUCCCUGUCAAUGUAAUGAAUGUCUAAAUGCCUUUAUUUACAAUCUAUCCUUAAAUAACAUGAUUGCACUAUCCUGGGAGGAACACUAUGUAAUUACAUAUAAUAGAUUUCAGCUGAGCUCCAGCCUUGGUGUGUACAAGAACAGCUCAGAGUAGGAAUAAAUCCAAAACCAGAAAGCUGGUUAGGAAAGAUAUUAUCAGUGGGAGGGAACUCUAGGAGAACUCUAGGAGAUAAUUAUUAAUGGAAUAAUAAUUCAAAGGAGAAAUGUGUGAAAUCCUUUGCUUACACAGCAAUGUAUGGUAUAUAUGUGAAGUUUCACAUUUUAUAAAAUAUUCUCAGUAUGUGUAUAUAGAAUGAAGAAAAAUCUUUGGUGGCUUUGAAUUGAUUCAUCAGUGUUUAAUUUCCCAUACUGAGGAAAUGUCAACCCUAAAAUAAAAUCACAAAGUGUUCAGCUGGAGUUCACAUCAGGCAUAUCAGACAGGGAAAAACAUCUAAGAAGAAUGCUUUACAACACAAUUCAACCAUGAAUUCAGAGUUUUGCCUGAAAAAUAAAUUAAAACUAGCAUUGUGAAGUGAUCUGUGAGUGAUGAAUGCAGUAUUUUUUAAUGAGUUGUAGGGAAGGAAAUCAAAGCUUUUCUCAAUACACUUGCAAAUAAUUAUGAAGUAAAAGCUGUAGCUGAAAAUACUAUAAUGUUGGUCAGCUUCUAUUUUUUCACACAACUCUAAACAUAAUUAUGAUGACUGUUAAACCAGAGAACUUUGAAUGUUAACUGAAGAAUGUACAGACCAAGGUUACAUGUCAUAAAUAUUGUAUACUUUUGACAGUUAUGAAUACAACAAUAAUGAAUAGGAUACAAAUAAAUAAAUA